GCCCGGGUUCAAAUGUAAGCCAAACCCUAAACCCUAAUUUCUAAAACCUGAUGGAGAGCUGUUAAUAGACGGUGCCGCCCUUUGCCCAUUUGCACAUUCGCAGUUCGCACUUCGCACAGAGCCUGAGCACGACAUUCACGCCGUCGCCGUCCGGCCAUCCCAGUCUCUCUGCCUCUGCCGCUCUACGACUCUGCCUCCGUCUCUGGUGAGUCGUCCCCGUCCGGCCAUCCCAAGCUCGCCGCGACAUCCCAAGAUUUCCUCCAUUCUCAGGCAGUUUAUAAGUUUCUCAGGCAGGACUUGUUGCUCGCUGCGAAAAGUGGUGUAUGCCUGAGAGUGUAAAGAUAAACCCUAUACCCUACUCAGAUUUAGGUUUGUUUGCCUUGAAACCUCGGCAGGUCCUUCUUGCAUUGCAGAAAAAGCAGCAGAGCUCAUCAAUGGCAAACCAACUCACUGAUGAAUGCAAGUCUCUCCUUCUCCACUCUGUCCUCCAGUAUCUCCACCGCAACGGCUUCUCCAAAACCCUCAAGCGCUUUCUUAAGGAAGCUCAGAUUAAGGGUGAUAGCUGGAAGUCUAGUUCAUUUGAUUUGGAGAAUAUGUAUUGCAAAUAUCUAGACACUUGUUCCUACUCUCAAUGCUUGUUGUGGUCUUUUAUGAUAUGCAGGAAUGAUGCCAAAUCAAAUUUCAAAGGUCAGAAAGAACAAGAGCAACAUGAAGAUGGAGGACAUGAGAGUAAGGAAGUCAAUAACCAGACUAGUGCUGGAGAUACUAUUACUAUGAAAAAGAAGAAGAAGAGUAACAAGGAUAAGGAGAACACCGUAGUGUGCAUGACUGAAAUUGUUGAUGGGCAUGCCAAACCUGCUCCAAAGGCGGAUGAGAUCUUAACGGAUCAAAAGCUCAAUGAAUCAAAUGUCAAAUCUAAAAGUAAGAAAGGUGAAAAGGUAUCUGCUUCUUUCAACCCUGUUGAUCAAGAAUCAGAGGUGACGAAAGAGGCUGUUCUUGGUUCAGUAUGUGACUUACAGGCUGAGAGCACUGAGAAGGUGAAAGACAAGAAAAGGAAGAAGAAGAGUGCAUUAACAUCUGAAUCAUACGAAGGCAAUGAAAACCAAUUAGCUCAGGUGUCUGGAGGAAAACAAGAGACCUCAGAAUGUUUGGCAUGUCAAAGUAAUGAUAGUAAAAAUGUUGAUGAGGGCAAUGCUAAAAAGGAAAAAAAGAAAAAAAGCAAGUCUAGCAAACAGGAUACUGAUUCUUUUGCACAGAACUCUGUUGAAGAAAAGCCAGUGAUAAAAAAUAAUCAUGGAAGUUUUGACACUAUAGGAAAUGGAGAUACUCAUUUUAAGGACUCUAAGAAAAGAAAAAGAAUGGCUUCUGAUGAAAAUGCAAACCAGCAAGUUGAAGGAGAAGAUAUUGAAGAAUCUAAGCGAAGAAAGACUGAAGCUGUGAAAGAAGCAAAUAAUGGAUUGGAAAACUCUGCACUGGAGAAGUCCAGGCAGAAACAACACAAUGAUUCAUCUGAGCCUAGAACCGUAAAUGCUUUCCAAAGGGUUAAAGUGGAUGAAGUGGAAUUUGUUGACGACAGGCUUCGGGAUAAUUCUUAUUGGGCAAAGGGUGGUGCAGAUUCUGGCUAUGGUGCCAAAGCACAGGAAGUCUUGGGACAGGUCAGAGGAAGGGGCUUCCGGCAUGAAAAGACCAAGAAGAAGAGGGGUUCUUACAGGGGAGGGCAAAUUGAUCUACAAUCCCAUUCAAUUAAGUUCAACUAUUCUGAUGAGGACUGAAAGGAUUACUUGGUUUCAAGAUCAAAUUCCCUUCAUGCUUUUGAAGCUUUUAAACCUUUAUUUUGCUUUAUUCAGUAGAAGAAAAGAGUGCUGGGAUACCAGGGAGGGAGCAGAGGGUCUGGGGAUUUUUUGUGGCAGUAGGUAAUUUGGCAGGCAUCAGCGAUUAAAAACUUUAUUCUUACAGCAUUAUUGAUGUAUUACUUAUUAGAUACAAACUUGUGAACCAAAUUUUGUUUUGAUUUAUGCAUGUUUUGGAACAUGGUUUUGUGUUUAUUGUUGAUUUCUUUUAGUUAAAUCCUUUGAGGUGUAAUAGUAUAUUUUUACAUCAGCAGUUAAACCCGUCAUGUUCAUUUC